UGCAGCUCUCUGUCUCAGUGCGACUGCGAGGUUGAGAUGGAAGCACAACCAGGCACAAGCAAGAAACGAGGAAAAUCUGGAUUUAAACUAUACACUGAAAAUGAACGGCGUAAACAUGGGAUAACAAGGCAAAACAAAUUGUAAUUCAUCUUCGGUUCUAAAUAAGAGCAAAAGCAAAGCAAUUUGUCGUGGGUAAACUAUCGUUCUCGCUUUUCUUCUUUUAUACCAUUCUCCUUGGACGCUGCUGGUACAAAGGGCUGGAACAACUGGAGGCGAUAAUGGAACUGGGAUGUUGUCAUGUGAAUGAACGAGGGUCAUCGAUGAAAGGAAUAUACAGAAAAAUCUUAACUUGAAUAAGAAAAUAGAAAGCAAUAUGUUCGAGAGUGGUUACUUCAUCACACGGGAGUUAUAGAUCCAGAAGAUCAUCAGUUCAGGAGGACAGCUGUCAUUGUGUUGAGACUGAGAUUUUUUAAAAUCAUAUUCUGCAACUGGUCUUUCUGGAAUAAUGCAGAAAAGGCGACAUCGUCGUCGAAUUCUAUUGGUGUCGGACACAUUCGUUGGUUUGAGUAAUAAGCCUUCUAUUUCUAUUGUUGACAAAUUGUGACUCCGAAAUCUGCAGAGGAUGACAGCAGUUAAACGGACAGUUUUUUGAAUGUUAUUUUUUUCGUAUUGUAGGCUCUUUAGGUAUAUUCAUUUCAUAUUAUUUUUCCCUGUCGGAAACUGGAUGAUAAGCGAGCAAUAACGAGCCUGUAGGCUAUUGGUGACAUCACCUCAGUCAGAUUUUUUGCAGUCCAGUUAAUAUGGUGGAGCCAGUGGGAUUUAUUGAAGCGUGGAAAGCGCAGUUCCCUGAGUCAGACCCCCCAAAGAUGGAGCUACGGUCAGUGGGGGGCAUCGAGCAGGAGCUGGAGAAGUGCAAAGCCUCCAUCAGACGGCUGGAGAUGGAGGUGAACAAGGAACGCUUCCGCAUGAUCUACCUGCAGACACUGCUGGCCAAGGAGAGAAAGAGCUAUGACCGCCAGCGUUGGGGUUUCAGGAAGGCCCAGAUGAAUGAGGGAGGGGACCAGGCAGGGAUGGGUGCUGAGUCUCAGCAGCCACAUGUGCAGGAACAGGGGGAGCGAAGCCGGUUCCAGCCAGUGGGAGAAGCCCGGUCCAAACCUAAACCCCCUCCAGCCCGAAAGUCAGCUUCCCACGGUGACGGACUAGAACUCCAGUCUGCCUUUGAGUUACCCCAGCAGGCAGAGCACAGCGAGACAGACGGCCUCUCGCCCUCCAAACAGAAAGGGGGUAUAUCCCCUCGCCGCCCACAUCCACCCCCAAACAAGGAUCUGCCAACUGACCCCAAUGACAAGCUUGGCAUGGGAUUGGGGGUAGCGGCGCUGAGGUCCAACUUUGAGAGGAUCAAGCGGGCCAACUCUCACUCUGCCGGGGAUGGAGGGAAGAGCCAGGAGAAGCAGCAGCAACCCUUUUACACCAACAUGGAGUUCCACCAUGACAGGGGCCUAGUCAGGGUCAAUGACCGAGAAGUCUCUGACAAGAUCAGCACAAUGGGCAGUCAGGCCAUGCAGAUGGAGCGCAAACGGUCCCUGCACUCUCUGCCUGGCAACCUGGCCACUGUGGCGGGUGAGCUCCGCACCCGGCCCGUCUACAGGGGGCGCUCUACGGAGAGCACCUGUGGGUACGACGCUGAGUACGAGGACGGGGACCCCAACCCACGUCACCCCAGAGCCAACGGGGGCAAACAGCCCCCUCCACCGCCAUGGCAGCCGUCCGACUUCCAGCCCUACACUAGCGUCUACGUGGGUGGGGUGAUGAUGGGUGAGGGCGGGGGGGAUGGGAGAGGGGGCGUUACCAUGAGGGACCACGUAGGGGAUGAGCAUCACCUGACUUGGCCCCGCCGCUCCUACUCUCCCGGCAGCUUUGAGGACGUGGGGGGCGGAGGCGGCGGCUACACGCCAGACUGCAGCUCCAAUGAGAACCUGACUUCCAGCGAGGAGGACUUCUCGUCCGGCCAGUCCAGCCACGUGUCGCCCAGCCCCACGACGGCUUACCGCCGGCCCUUCAGGGAGAAGAGUCGCUCGCCCUCGCAGAACUCGCAGAACUCCCAGCACUCGUUUGACAGCAGCAGCCCCCCCACGCCGCAGUCUCAGAAGCGGCACCGCCAGCAGGGCAACGUGGUGAUGUCGGAAGCCACCAUCGUGAGUGUCCGCAAGACCGGACAGAUCUGGCCCCCGCUCGACCCGGACUCCAUGCCGGCCAGCAGAGCCUCCCAUGACAACAGUUUCCAUGGAGACCUGGACGGUCAGUUCACCGGGACCCCUCCCACUUACGGGUAUGAUGCAGACCGUGCGGAGGAGCAGAGACGCCACCAUGAGAUCCUACCAUACAUCGAUGACUCCCCCUCCUCCUCACCACACCUCAGUUCCAAGAGCCGCAGCAGCCGAGACACCCUCUCCUCUGGGUCCCUGGAGUCCUCUAAGUCGACAGAGUUGGACCUAGAAAAAGGCUUGGAGAUGAGGAAGUGGGUUCUGUCUGGAAUCCUGGCCAGCGAGGAGACCUACCUCAGCCACCUGGAGGCACUGCUGCUGCCCAUGAAGCCUCUAAAGGCAGCCGCCACGACUUCCCAGCCGGUGCUGACCAUCCCCCAGAUUGAGACCAUCUUCUUCAAAGUGCCUGAGCUCUACGAGAUCCACAAGGAGUUCUACGACCACCUGCUCCCGCGGGUACAGCAGUGGAGCCACCACCAGCGUGUGGGGGACCUCUUUCAGAAGCAGGCAAGCCAGCUGGGAGUAUACCGGGCCUUUGUGGACAACUACGAAGUCGCCGUGGAGACGGCAGAGAAGUGCUGCCAGGCCAACUCACAGUUUGCUGAAAUCUCUGAGAAUCUUAAGGUGAGGAGCAUCAAGGACUUGAAGGACCAGUCGGCCAAGAAUUCUUUGGAGACUCUCCUGUACAAACCAGUGGACAGAGUGACCCGUAGCACCUUGGUACUGCAUGACCUGCUGAAGCACACGCCAUCUAGCCACCCGGACCACCCACUGCUCCAGGAUGCACUGCGCAUCUCCCAGAACUUCCUGUCCAGCAUCAACGAGGAGACAACGCCCCGGCGCCAGUCCAUGACAGUGAAGAAGGGAGAAAACCGCCAAUUGCUGAAGGACAGCUUCAUGGUGGAACUGGUGGAGGGAGCCAGGAAACUCCGCCAUGUUUUCCUCUUCACCGACCUGCUCCUCUGUGCCAAACUCAAGAAACAGAUUGGAGGGAAGAGUCAGCAGUAUGAUUCCAAGUGGUACAUCACGCUGUCUGACCUGACCUUCCAGAACGCGGACGAAUCGGAGACUCUGCCUAUCCCCCAGGUGGCCGACGAGGAGCUGGACGCUAUGAAGGUCAAGAUCUCCCACAUCAAGAGUGAGAUCCAGAGAGAGAAGAGAGCUAAUAAGGGGUCGAAGGUGAUUGACAGGUUGAAGAAGAAGCUGUCGGAGCAGGAGUCUCUUCUGCUGCUCACCUCCCCCAGUAUGGCCCUCCGAGUACACAACCGAAACGGCAAGGGCUACAUGUUCCUGAUGUCAUCAGACUACGAGCGGGCUGAAUGGAAGGAGAUGAUCCGAGAACAGCAGAAGAAAUGCUUCAAGAGCUUCUCACUGACCUCCAUGGAGCUCCAGAUGUUGACCAACUCCUGUAUGAAGCUGCAGACCGUCCACCACAUCCCACUCACUGUCAACAAAGAAGGCCAAGAGGAUGAAUCCCCUGGCCUCCACGGAUUCCUGAAUGUUAUUGUCCAUUCUGCCUCUGGCCUCAAGCAGAGCUUAAAUCUGUACUGCACAUUGGAGGUGGACUCCUUUGGCUACUUUGCAAACAAAGCCAAGACGCGGGUCUACCGCUACACGACAGAGCCCAAAUGGAAUGAGGAGUUUGAAAUCGAUCUGGAAGGUUCUCAGACCCUGAGGCUGCUGUGCUAUGAGAAGAGUUACAACAAGUCCAAGCCCAACAAAGAGGAUGGAGACAGCACUGACCGCAUAAUCGGCAAAGGACAGAUCCCGCUGGACCCCCAGAUGCUCCAAGGCAAAGACUGGCAAAGAACGGUCAUCCCCAUGAACGGGAUUGAGGUGAAGCUGUCAAUGAAGUUUACCAGCCGAGAGUUUAGUCUGAAGAGGAUGCCGUCACGGAAACCAAUGGGCGUGUUUGGAAUCAAGAUUUCCACGGUGACUAAGCGGGAGCGGUCCAAGGUGCCCUACAUCGUUAGACAGUGUCUGGAGGAAAUUGAGCGAAGGGGGAUGGAGGAGGUGGGCAUCUACCGGGUUUCAGGGGUGGCGACAGAUAUCCAGGCCCUGAAGGCUGCCUUCGACACCAAUAACAGAGACGUGUCUGUGAUGAUGAGUGAAAUGGACGUGAAUGCCAUCGCAGGGACUCUAAAGCUGUACUUUAGAGAGCUGCCAGAACCCCUCUUCACUGAUGAGCUGUACCCCAACUUUGCAGGAGGCAUAGCUUUGUCGGAUAGCGUUGCCAAAGAGAGCUGCAUGUUGAAUCUACUGCUGUCGCUGCCAGAACCCAACCUGGUCACAUUCCUAUUCCUGCUGGAUCACUUGAAAAGGGUUGCUGACAAGGAGAGCAUAAACAAGAUGUCCCUCCACAACCUGGCCACGGUGUUUGGCCCCACCCUGCUGCGGCCAGCUGAGAAGGACAGCAAGAUACCAACCAACCCCACUCAGCCAAUCAGCAUGGGAGACAGCUGGUCCCUGGAGGUCAUGUCACAGGUCCAGGUGUUGCUCUACUUUCUCCAGCUGGAGACCAUCCCAACACCUGACAGUAAACGCCAGAGCAUCCUCUUCUCCACCGAAGUAUAAACUGGUUCCCAUCACAAGACAGUGACUUUACAGUACAGUAUGUCUAUUUGGGAAGGCUACUGAAAGUGAGAAUAGCCCAAACUGGACCGGAUGGCAGCAGAUUUCUUUCGGAAUGGUUCAUGCCAUAUCCUGAAGAGGGCGCCACCACCCCAUCUACAAACAAGAGGUGAACACCAAAUCCUCUGUUACACCACACAUAUCUGAUAAAGAUAAUGCAUUAUAUGGUCACACCCAAUAGCCAGUGUGACUCUUUGUGCCUCUCUGACAACAUAUCCUCUUCUUCUCAUUCUCGUCUGUGGUGUCAGAGCUUCACAGCUUGUGUACAGUGUUUGGAAUGAAUGCCACUACUGAACAUGCCUGCUGUUACCACAAAUGACAAACACACUUCAAUUGGAGUCUCAUUAGUAUGUUGAGAAAAGAGUGUUCUAGGUUUAGUUUGGUCUCCUUUGGCUCCUGAAACAGAGAAACAGCUAUUGUGCAACUUGCCACUUAUUCUGUGAUUCCUCACAGUUUUGGGCUUCUCCCCUUUAAGCUCUUGUUGGCCAUUUUUAGUUUGUCUGGAGGUUUUUAUAUUUGUACUGGCAAAGCAGCACUUCAAUGCUUUUAAUGGGUUUGUUUUUGGCUGUGUGCGAUGAGGAUCAUUUACACCAGGAGUCGGCAACAGCCGGUCUACAAGCCAAAAUGACCAGCAAAUCAUUUUUUAAAGGCAGUAAAUCAUCAGGAGUUAUUCUAACACCAGAUUUAAUGUAGAAAAUAUGUUCCUAAGUACUCCCAUAUAUAAAAACAUGCAUUAUGAGUUUGUUGGGCUUAUUUGUGGUCAAUUUGCAGUGAACUGAUAUUUUCUAUAAUUAUGUUCCAUUUCCCCGACAACCGUCCUCGGGUGGCUCCUGUUGCCUGGCCCUGGUGUACACAGUUUAUUUGUUUCUGUUGAUCUGUUUUUGUCUUUAAUGCAAGAGUCUGAAAAUCAUUUUGUUUAGCCAUCUCAAAAGCAGAGUUAUUUCUUCAUCCACUCCUGAUGAGAUUCAGCUUGUAUGUCUUACACCUGACAAAUUGGGACCACAAUUCCAAGAUGCUAUGUUCAAAAGGAAUUUUUUAAAAUCUGAUUUUCGAAAGGGAAUGUACCAAGCUAACAGGUUCCCCAGUCCGUUUGUGAGUCCAGAGAGCCCCAGGAUUGCAACACUAGGAUGAAGACGUGUUUACAAGGUAAACAAGCCUUGGUCGAAUACAGAGUGACUGCAACAAAGGCAUUAAUUUAUCAAAAUGUAUCAAAAAGAAACGACUGACUGAAACAGGUUUUCAUAACACUGCUACAGUUUAUUCCAUAAAGCCAUUCCCUAUGUUUGUGUUUAAGGUAGUCCUCAUUUAAAUCCAGGAAGCAAUAUAUUUUCUAACAUUAAAGUUUGUCUGCAUUAAUAGCUUUGGUCUGGAGAUGUCCUCAUCUUGGUAACAUAGGAGGUCUUGUCAAACGUAAUCUGAGAUACAUUUUGUACAUAAUCAUAAAGCUGCAAUUAUUUUAACAGUGUAAUAGUCAUUGUUAGGAUGUACGUUUGUUUGUCGGGGGAAACAAAUUAUCAUUUUUGUAUGUGUUUGUUUUGAUUUGAUUAUGAAAGUAGUAGGCCUAAAGACCUGGAGCUCUAAAGUGAUGGAAGAAAAUCCUGCCUAUGUUCCCGGGAUGUAAUCCUUUUGUGGUAAUAACUGCAGAUUUAUCCAGCCUAUUGUUAACUAUUUACCUAUUAUGACGUUAACACCCUGUUUUGAAUGCCGCUGUGGAAAUUCGCUAUGUUACUAAAGUAAACAAAUUCAUUCAAAUUUAAUUAUACACUACAACAACUUGUUGCCUAAAGCGGUUCUCUUGUAAAUGAAGACGUCUGUUUCAUUGUUGCCCUAAACAGUGGGCACUACAUUAUGUCCAAAGGGGACCGUUAAGUUGGUUUUAUGAAGGACUAUUUGUUAAUCUUCUUUUCAAGGAAAGGGUACCCAAAAAAUUUUAGGGUGUCUGGACAGCAGUCUUAAGCCAUUCCCUACAACCUUCCUGAAACCUUUUCUCCUCUCUGGUCUAUCAGUUGGCAAUCCACCAAAGGGCCCCAUAAAAGAAAAUGCUUUAGAAUAUUUUGUGGAGAAGGAAAAAAAGAGAAGAUUAUAUUUGUGUGAUUUAAUUUCCGUACCUUGAUUUAACAUGCAGGCAUGUUUGAUUAAAGUUAUUUUCUGUUUUGUGUUGUUAUAUACUUCUUGUUAUAUUGGGCCAAAGGAUGUUAAUGACCCACAAGUGAUCUGGUUCUGAUAAACCAAGCUUAAAAUAUGAUAUUUCAUGCUAGCUGGAUAAAUGUUAACAAGUAAUGUUUACUAACUCAGAGUCUGUACUACUGUCUGUGCUGCAGAGAUUUCGCUAAAGACUCCUACAUUUUGAAUUUAGCAGAGACAUUUCUGGUAAUUUUCACUAGUCAGUAGCUAGAUUCAAAUCUGGCAUGUGUGAUUGUGCAUGCGAGCAUUCAUGUGCACACAUGCGUAAGUGAAUGAAGGAAUUGGAUAAUUAUUUGCUGUAGAAAAAGAGGGAAUUAAGACAAAUUAACAUAUCAACUAACUCAGUUCCAGUUAAUAGCCAUAGUCAUCAUUUUCAUGAAGAAAAAAAACAUUUCCUAAUGUAUCCUUACGUGUCUCACAUGAAAAAAUUAACUGUACAUUGGAGGAAGCCAUUGGCUAUGAGAUAGAAAGGCAGUGUUCACCCUUCAUUUGGAUCUCUUUGAUCUAUAUGAUUAGUGUUCAAUGUGUACUGCUCUGCUUCAUUGUGCCUCCAAGCUAUAGCUUUUAUCUUUAGCACGUGGGUUUCAGUACGUCAGUGGAAUUGCUGUUACAAGACACAACUUUUUACUGUAGUCUCCCUUGCCUUUUGAGAAAACCAUUCUGUCUUUAUGGCACAUAUUUUGAGACACAUACAUGACCACAGAUUUUAUCUCAAUUCAUAGUACUGUCAGCCCAUGUGGGAGCUGAGAGGUCUGAAUAUUAUGGUACCAAGCUAAGUGAUUCAUUUUUGGAAUACACGAGACAGACCGACAACAGACACAUGCUUAGUAACCCUCACUCUGCCUGAACAAUGUCAACAAUAACAUUUCCAGCUUUUCUGUUCCAGUUCUGUGUGAAAUGAAGACUACUGUAUUUACAGAGUUGAAUACCCCUCUUCUGAAGGAAAUUAUAGUAGUAGUAGCUAAGUGAUGUCCUAACUUGUAGAAGGAUGACACUUUCAAAUUCACUGUCAUGUUAUUUGACUCAUAACUGCUUAGAUCAUAUUUCUCUAGGCUUUAUGGCAUAGAGUCUAAGCUAUGCCGUGUUUCCUACAUUUGCCAGAUGUCUGUUGUUUAUUUUCAAAGAACUGCCAAAUAGUCUGUAACCAUAUGUUGUCCUAACUGUAGCUACUGGAUGUAUCAACAUGUAAUUCAUUCCAAAUAGAACAUAAUUUGGAGGGGCUUGCACUUUUUGUUACUUUGUUUUUAUUCCAGACUGCCCACUGUGAUGCUUUAGGACAUUUUCUGUGGUUUGGAAAGAUGAAGGUUCUUUGGGGUUUCUAUAUGUUAGUCAUCUCUCCUACCUGGUCUUAUGGUUGUACAAUAGUAUGUACUGUAUGUAUCAUACAAGAGAUGGGGCAACAUUGGGUUCAUAGGGUUAUUUAUUGUGAUGUUCAUCAAAGUUUGGUCCAGACAUUUAGGAUGAAUCAUAUUAAUUAAACUGUUUGAAUAAUUCAACUUCGACUGAAGGAGAACUAUAUUGAUUGUCAGAUUGAUACAAAUAUUUUUUUCAUAGGGCUAGUCGCUUAACAUCUUUAAUGAAAAAGUAAUAUAUGUCAACAUAGAAUAAAUUGUUAUUCAAAAUGUGUAUUAUGAUUUAAAGUCUAAAAUAUGGAAUAUAUUACUCUAUGUAUGACUUUAGCAUUUCAGUGUAUGCAUACUGUAUGUGGAAAUAGUACUCUAAGUUCUUAUGAGGUGACAUGAGCCCGGCAAUAGUUUAUAGUAAUUCAUCCAUUUAGUGUAUUUUAAAUGACCCAAUACCAUAUUUUGACAUGUAUUACUCUUUCUUCUUGGUAAUAUGUUAGCUUUAUUACAUGUUUUGUGUUAACUGUAUGAAGCUAAAAUAGGACUUGCUGGCCAUCCACUGAAUAUAUUGACCGUUUACUCUUUUUAACUUUGAUUUCAAUUAAUUUUCUUCCAGCAAACAUACAGUAAGUACAUGGUCUGUUUUGGAGCUGUAAAAAGGGAUACUGUAUUCUGAGGACAAUACAUGUUUGGAAGGCAUUUGCAGCCUCUGUUUGUACACAAAAUGUUAAAUAAAAUCUCAUGUAUC